AUGUCCAAGAAAGCUCGUCUAGAUCUGCUCGUCCGAGUCAGAUACCUCAACCCCCUUCCCCCACCCCCCUUCCCGCCCAAACUCUUCGACAUUCCCUCGGACAUUGCUCGCCUCGGCGAGCCAAGCUACCUCUCGCAGCUAUCAUCAGGGACACCACUACCGAUGCUCGUUGAUUCAGAGAUGGGAAUGGCGCUGGACCUCAACGUCUUUGACGGUGUAUGGGAUGGAAACGACUCGGAACUCAACCCAGAGCCACAGGAAGUGCACGCGGAAGAUAUACCGCUGCUCGCGCCCGCCGCAGCGGCUACUGAGGCGACGGGGGAGGUCUCGUGGAUGCGGACCUCGAGUUUGUUCAUGCGCAAGACUCAGAAUAAACGACACCACGAGAAGCUCAAGAACGAGGUGGCCGUGGAUGCUUCAGACGCCGCGCAGCUGGACGCAAUAGAGAGCACAUUCGCAGAUGUUGCGCAUGGAGAUACACGAGAACUGAUCGAGAGCUUCGACAUCAUCCCCGACGACAACUGGGGCGAGGUGUCGUGCAUCAUGAUGAAAUUUCCCGACCGACCUUCAGGCGUGUCUGCAGCUAUGAAUACUGCCCCUCGUCCGUCGUCUCCCAGACUCAAGAGAGCAUUGCUUCUUCCCAGGGACAAUGAUGGCCAACAAGAGAUCGAAUACUUUUUGCCCAAGGAGGAGGAUAUUCCUAGACUGGACGAUGUCUAUAAUAGGGCGGUAGACCCGGAGGUGGUUCAGCAAGUGGAGGGUAUGGCCGAGGAGGACGCAUCGGAUCCUCGGAUUGACGAGAUCCUGCCGAGUACCCACUAUGAGCGGGCGCGCACCUACGAGACGGUCUCUGCCGUCAAACCGCAAAAGGAGGUGUUGCUCACGUUCGACAACGGCAAGGCACAAUACCAAGAGAUCUUUAUGCGCACGCUAUUGCGCAAGGCGAGAAAGCGGGGCCACGAAGAAGCAUUCGUCGACAAGAUGCGAGUGGGAUACAGUCAGAGCAUCCAAAAGGCGAAUCCUCAGAUUGAAGAUCCUACCUGGGUCGAGGACCAGCUCGCAGAUCUGAACGGGGAUAUCGACGACUUGAUGGGGGAGCCAGAGCCGUAA